AUGCUGAAGGCCAAGAUCCUCUUUGUGGGGCCCUGUGAGAGUGGAAAAACUGUUCUGGCCAACUUUCUCACAGAAUCUUCUGACAUCACUGAAUACAACCCAACCCAAGGAGUGAGGAUCCUGGAAUUUGAGAACCCACAUGUUAGCAGCAACAACAAAGGCACAGGGUGUGAAUUUGAGCUGUGGGAUUGUGCCGGUGAUCCCAAGUUCGAGUCUUGCUGGCCAGCAUUGAUGAAGGACUCCCAUGGCGUGGUGAUCAUCUUCAAUGCCAACACCCCAAGCCACCUGAAGGAGAUUGAAAUGUGGCAUUCCUGCUUUGUCCAGCAGCAGUUGUUACCGGACACUCAGUGUCUCUUGGUUGCACACCACAAGCCAGGCUCUGGAGGUGACAGAGGAAACCUGUGUUUACCAUCACCCUUGAACAAGCUGAAGCUGGUGCACUCGAAUCUCGAAGAUGACCCUGAGGAGAUCCGGUUGGAAUUCAUAAAGUAUUUAAAAGGCAUAGUCAACUCAGUGUCUGAGAGCAGGGACCGCGAGGAGAUGUCCAUUAUUACCUGA